UACGCCACAAUACAGGUUUAAUUAUAAAAUUCUUUGUAGUUAGAGAUCCAAAUUGGAAACUUGAAGUGAAUUAAAAGGAAGGAAAUGAAGAAAUCAGCAGCUCUCUCCCGGUCUGCAUCUGCGUCAAGCCCUUCGACCAGAACUUUGUCAGAUCCUUUAGAGUCCUCAAUCGAAGCAUUUGGCCAAUACGAGAAGAUAACUACACGACUUAGCCGAUUACUAGACCAGUACACUGAUGGAUUUGCAGUGCUAAAGGAGCUUGUCCAAAACGCAGACGAUGCUGGUGCCACUGAAGUGAGAUUUCUGUACGACGAGAGAGCUAACAAGGAUGCCUUGAACCGCUUGCUUGAUGAAGGGAUGAAAGAAUGCCAGGGCCCUGCUCUUUGGGUCUACAAUGACGCCGAAUUUACAGAAAAGGACUUUGAAAACAUUGAGAAAUUAAGCGGAGCCACAAAAGAGCACCACACCGAGAAAAUUGGAAAAUUUGGACUUGGUUUCAAUGCAGUCUACAAUUUAACAGAUGUGCCCAUGUUUUUAAGCAAAAACUACUUUGUAGUUUUUGACCCUCACAUGUCACACCUUCGAAGACAUAUAAAAAACCCCGCGAAGCCAGGUGUUAAAAUUGACCUCAACAAGAACCCAGGGGUUCUAUGAGAAUACUAUAGAGG